AUGGAAAGCAAGGCUAUUCAAGAAUUUGCUGUGGUGGCCAGCAAGAUUUGGUGGAGAAGGAACACUUUAGUCUUUAAAGGUGUUUUUGCUCACCCGAAAGUAAUUGUGCAAGAGGCAAGAACCACUUUGGACGUGCUGGAUGAGGAGAUUUCAAACCAAGGUGAUAGAGCCAACAAGAUUUGCACUUCUGUUGAGGUUUGGCAGGCUCCUCCAUUAGCCUGGAUUAAGUUGAAUUGGGAUAGUGCUGUUGACAAAGCUAGAGGCUUAGUUGGUGUGGGAGUGGUAGUGAGGAACAGUUCAAGAAAAAUCAUAGCAACCUUGAGGACCAAGAAACACCUCUAUCCUGAUCCAUUGCUAGUUGAGGCAUUCGAAGCUCUUAAAAUGGUGCAAUUUGGUCUGGAGCUUGGGCUUACACAAAUUAUUAUUGAAAGAGAUUCCCUUCAAGUCAUCAACAACCUUAGAAGGGACAAAGAAGGUUGUAACAGUACUAGUAUGUAUGUACAUGAAGCAAAACAGCUCUUAGGUAAUUUUGCUAAGUGGGAGGUUUCUCAUGUUAGGAGAAAUGGCAACUCUUUAGCUCACUUGUUAGCAAAAGAUGCUCUAUCUAGUUAUGAUCAUAUUGUAAUGUUGGAGGAUCUCCCUCCUUGUAUUCAAUUGGGUUGA